AGUUAGUGGAGAAGGCGAACGGACGUAAUGUGACAGUUGUCAAAAAAUGUAAACGUCAGAUUUUAAAGUUUUAGAUAAAAAUAUCAAUAUGGAUAGAUUUUUAAUGUUAAUGUUUUCCUUUGUUUUUUCAAUGAAUAUGGUAUGGGCAGUGAUAUAUGGAUCGUUUACAAUAUUUGGCGUACUUUUGCCCGUUUUAUUUUUCCAUUAUCGCCGUAAAUUUCGACUUGAAAGAGAAAAAAAUUCCAACGGCAAAACUAAGGUUGGAAUUUUUCAUCCUUAUUGCAAUGCUGGGGGUGGUGGCGAAAAGGUAUUGUGGGUUGCAGUGCAGGCACUACAAAAUAAGUUCCCAAAUAGUGAAAUUUACAUUUACACAGGUGAUGUAGAGGCUUCAGCCUCUGAAAUCUUGCAGAAUGUGAAUAAAAACCUUAAUGUUAAGGUAAAAAAUACUGUUAAGUUUGUAUAUUUGAAGAAACGCAGAUGGGUUGAAGGAGAUAUGUACCCAUACUUUACUUUACUUGGACAAGCAAUAGGCUCUAUGUUUUUGGGUUUCGAGGGUUUAAAUCAAGUUAAUCCAGAUAUUUGUAUUGAUACAACCGGUUUUACUUUUGCCUUGACAGUAUUUAAGAUUCUUGGUCAUUGUAAAACUGGAUCUUAUAUACACUAUCCUACUAUAACAACAGAAAUGCUUAAGAGGGUGCAAAAUAGGAGGGCCCUGUAUAAUAAUAGGAGUUUUAUUGCUAGAAGUGCUCUUUUUACCAACUUAAAGUUGGUAUAUUAUCACUUAUUUUCUUGGAUAUACUCUUUAGCAGGCCAAUGCUCAGACAUCACAAUGGUAAACUCUACAUUCACCCUAGAGCAUUUAAACCUACUGUGGUCCAAACCUUUACACCUAGUCUACCCGCCAUGCGAGGUGGACCACUUGAAAAAAAUACCAAGAAGUUUGGAAAGGCCCGAUAACAUUCGUAUUUUAUCCUUGGCGCAGUUUCGACCCGAAAAAGAUCAUCAACUGCAACUGCAAGCUCUCUACGAAUUAAGGGAGAUCAUACACGAAGAUUUGUUCAGUAAAAUAACGCUGGUUUUGUGCGGCAGCUGCAGGAACACCAACGACAACGAAAGGGCCAAAGAUCUGAAAGACUUGAGCAAACAUUUAUCGCUCGAAAACAACGUGGAGUUCAAGAUCAACGUCCCCUACAAAGAUCUGAUAGACGAGUUCCGGAAGGCCUACAUAGGCAUCCACACGAUGUUCUGCGAGCACUUCGGCAUCUCGAUAGUGGAGCAGAUGGCCGCCGGCUUGAUUAUGGUGGCGCACCGCUCCGGCGGCCCUCUGCUGGACAUCAUCGAAACCUCCGAGGGUUCGAGGUUAGGUUUCCUGGCGGUCACGCCGCAGGAGUUCGCGCACUGUCUCAAGUUCGUACUCGACAGGACCGACGGGGAGAACGGCGAGGUUAGGGAGCGCGCCAAGGCCUCCGUCGAUCGGUUCAGUUUGGCGAAAUUCCAGACGGAGUUUUUGAGGGCUGUCGAUCCGUUGUUUAAGAACUAAGCAAAGUGAUUUUGUUGGGUUGUGUUGCGAUGGUUUUUGUUUUUACAAGAAAAUGUCAAGUUUUUGGCACGUAUAGUCGCGGCCAAAUCUCCAUGUGUGCGCGUCAUCAACGGCAUAUGGUCAGCGUUAAGGUCUAUUCAUACGUGCCCAGGCACAAUCUAACGCUCCUGUAUUCUUGACUGUUUAUAGCGGUUGGGGAUGUUUAUUAGGAGUUUUUUACAAGCAAAUUUUGAUUAAUGGAUGGUUUAUAUAUUUAUAAAAUACAUAUUCUCUAAUCCGCAAUUUAUAAUGGGAAUUAUUUUCUAUUUUUUUGUCAUAUAAAUGUGGAAAUGUUUCCACCAGACUGAUUAAUUUUUUGUGCAUCACAACCAAUUUUAUAGAUUUGCAAAACAAAUAGGUUUCAAGCUGGAUUUAUAGUUUUAAAGGUAACGGUAGAGGCAGCGGUAAAGGUAGAGGUAAAGGUAGCUGUAGCGGUAGUUCGGCAUUGAAUAUUGUACGAAACAAUUUAUAGUUGUCAGAGGUAGCGGUAAGAGAGGUAGAGGCAAGAAGGCAACUUUUCUUACCUCAACCGCUACUCCAGCCAAUCACACGGCAGUUUUCAGUUGGCAGCCUCGCCUUGUAAGUUUAGUUUUUAUGCGAGGGGCAACCAGACUUGAUAAUUUGUCAAAAAUGGGCACCGUCAUUUGUGUAUACACAAAUAUAUUUAAAGAACUACUCUUUAUCGGUCAAUUUUAUUUUAUUUUAAUACUGGAAAUGGCGUUUCUUAGCUCGUUCCCGAUUUAAUUCCCUCGUUUUAUAGCGACGUACUUGACGACCCCCAUAACGUACUUGAAACCCUGCAAUACAACAUAAUAUAUUGUAUAUAUUGUAUAAUAUAUUGUGUUGCAGGGUUUAUUAUAUAAUAUUUCGCACAACGCCAUAUGGCCCAGAAGCACAGCAUUUUCCUCGC